UUCAUAACUGUGUCGUCAGCCAUUGUUAGUGUAAGUCAUAAGAAUUUUUCAAUAAUAUAGAUAGUUCAAACAAAUAUUUCUGGCUAUUUUUAAUAUUUUAAUACUUCAAUAUAAUCUUUAUAAAAACGCAUGAAAAAAAUGAACAAACCAUUCGUUAAAGUUCUAUACGAUGGAAAGAGAAAAUCGAGCAUUGUUUGGAAAUAUUUCGGUAAACUAGAAUUGGGAGAAGCAUCAUGCGACGAAUAUCUUCACUAUUGCAAUUUGUGCUUUCAAAAACACAUUCAUUCAGCCUACAAAUCUUUUACGGGAAUGCGUACACAUUUGAAGACAGUGCAUAAAGAGGUACUUACGCAAGAAUAUAAAGAAGAAAUGAUCGUGGAUGUGGAACCAAAAGAAAUUUCUAUUUCCAAUCAAGAAGAUGAAAAAAUGUCGUUUGCGAAAGCUACUGCAAUGUGGCUUUGUACUGAUUUACUUUCAUUUUCUGUCAUCGAAAAAGAAGAAUUCAAAAAUUUCCUAAUGUCUUAUGAAAAUGAAAUAGGGAAAAAUUUGCCAAAUUCAAACGAUGUGAAGAAAGCACUGAACGAUAUUUACAUAUCAGCUCAAAAUUUUAUUAAAGAAAAAGUUGCUAGCAUUCCUAAAAUUAUAACCUUGCAGCUUCUUUACUACACCAAUUAUAAUCACAUGGUCUCCAAUCUCACAAUAGCAAUAAAGUAUGUUAACAAUGUGUUUGAAUUGGAAACUCUCACACUUGGAACAAAAGUAAUUGAACGCCCACAUUCUUCUAUUCAAAUAGGGGAGAAAAUCACUGAAGUUCUUUCGGAUUAUGGAUUGGAUAAUCACAUUUUGAUGAGCAGUGGAAAUCAUGAUUCCACCUUGAUGAAUCUUCCUGGCCUCAUUACAAACUGUUCAUCUUAUAUUGAUUGCAUUGGACAUUCCAUUCAUUUAAUAUUCACUUCUGAUUUACUUAAAUGUCCUUCAUGGAUUAUCGUACAAAGAAUUUUAAAGAAAGUUAAAGCUUCUUUCGGAAUACUUUCUUAUAACAGAGAUGAAAUCAUAACACAUUUCCCUUCAAGUCAAAACAAAGAAAUAUUUGGAUUUUUUAAUGACACUUUCCUCAUGAUUGAGGCUGUAAAAGCAGAUGAAUAUUUAUUAUUUCACGAGAAUAUUGACCAAUCAACAACCGACGAGGCUAAAAGACAUCAAACGUUUGAAGAAUUCUGCUCAAGAAAUGAAGCCGAAGAAAAUGAAUGUUCGGCAUUCAAUAAAAGCAACACUCGUUGGUAUUUAUAUGCUGAUAUGGUCAACGCAUAUUUAACAUAUAUUUUCAUAAUCAAUUUAUUACUUGUCCAUCCUUCUUUACUGGUACUUUUUAAACGAACUGAUCUGGUUAUGAAUCCAAUUGAGAUUCAAAUAUUGAUACAAGUUAAAAUCUUCUUUGACAUAAUUCGUGCAUCUUUGUCACCUCUUCAACAUGAAAAGGAACCGAGCUCACAUUACGUUAUUGUAUUUCACAAUCAUGUCUUAAAAACGCUUGAGUCCAAAAUUAAAUGUCAAAGCACAUCAGACCACAUGAAAUUAGUUUAUGAAGAGUUCCGUGCUGCAUUCAUUAGACGAAUAAAGAUUCAUGAUGAAUAUUUGGCAGCAGCAUUUUUAGAUCCUUUGCAAGUUUAUGAACCAUAUUUGAAGAGAUAUUUUGAAAGUGUGAAAGAAACUCCUUACACAAUCAUCAAGAAAGUCAUGAAAAAGUAUAUAAUAGAAAUAUCAGACGAUACAAAUGAAGAAAAUGAGAACAACUCGAUACCAGCAAAACGUGCACGCUUGGAGAUAUCCUCAUUGAUAGACAGAAGUCCUGCAACUCUAGAAGCGUCAUUACUGAGUGAGUUCACAAGUUAUUCUCUAAUAACUCAAUCAGCGAAACAAGAUCAAACUUUGGGUAUGUUUUGGUUUCUAAAUAAGAAAAAAUAUCCAACACUCUUCAAAACUGCAAAGGCGGUUUUAUCUAUAAGUCCAAUUUUGAAUCGAUGCAAACAGAAUUUUUCAUCUCAUGAAGUCCUAAGAUUCCAAAACCGUGUAACAGAAUUACACGCACAGAGUAUGUUAUUUAUUCACGAUAAUUUAGAUUUAAUUAAAGCUGCAAUGUUAAAUUUAAUUUAAUAAGUAGGUAUCCAUAGAUAUUUAACUAUCAGGUCUUUCUUAAAUUUUCCUGAUUAUGACACUUUCAUUCAAUUUAAAAUUUAAAUUAUCGAAUAAAAAAAAAUACUAAAUUAAAUUUAAAAUUCGAAUCUCAAAUUAAGAUUAAAGCUAAGCUUUAGAAAGGCUGGUGCUUAAUUGAAAUCUUUAUUCUCCAAUUUGUAAACAAGUUAGGAAAAUAAAUUGAAAUAAAAAUAAUUCUCUUUCUCAUAGAUAUUUAACACAUUAACCAAGAUAUUAACUAUCUAUUUUUAUCUUCAUCACCUUCAAUAAUCCUUUUGUUGAAAAUUUAUUGGUAAACAUUUUUCUUAACAAUCUUGUUUAUGAUAUUACAAAUAUGAGAAACAUGUCUUGAUUCAUAACAAAAGUAGCCUUUCAAGAUUAUACAACAAACAAGACUCUUCCUUUGUUCGCUUAUGUGUUGAUACAAUAAAUCUAUAAAUGUAAUCCGAUCAAAUUUCUUUAUGAAAUUAUUUUUCAUCCCAACAUAAUCUUUUCCUUGUUCUCAAAUUUUGGUUUCAUAGUUGCCUAUGUAUAAGCUUUAAUCAGUUGUUGUGCUUUUAAAGCAUCAUGCUCGUCAUAUUUCAAAAAAUCAUGAGAAAUAAAGAAAAAUGUGAAAUGAAGUAAAACAAAUAACAAA